AUGGCAAACAGUAACACACAUUUUCAGUCAGGAGAGCUUGUUGAUGAUUAUUCGAACGAGAAUAUUCAUCUGUAUAUCGCAUCGGAUGACGACAGUGAAGAUUUAUGCAAAGUGAUCAACUGGGCAUAUGGAAGUAAGCCAUCUACAACAGUGCCUGGUGAAUAUACUUUUAGUUGGAUCGGUACAAGGCAAGUGGUUAAAGCAGAUCGAAUUACAUUAGAAUCACUUCGAGCAGAGAUCGAAGAUAAGGAGCAUCGUCUUAUUCUUGUUGCUAAACUCAGAACACCAUCGGGAUUGCAGAUUGUUGGUUGCAUCAAAAUUGAAUCGUAUGAUAAGAAUUUACAGAUAGGUGAUGAUGAAAAGCAGGAUGUCGCAGUGGAGUUCGGUCUCUAUGCUGUAGAUCCUGAUUAUCAAAGUCGAGGAAUAGGAACGCUGUUGUACAAUGGAGCGUUGCGAAUGGCGAAAGAAUAUUUUAAUGCACAACGCAUUUAUCGUCAUGUUUUGUCAAGUAAAAAAAAUCAGAUCGACUGGUAUCAUCGACUAGGUUUCGUCGAAACCGGACGAUUUAUUCCAUAUCCGCCUCAACGACUUUAUCCAAACAUCGAUCCGGACACAGUGAAAUUUUCUAUUCUGACAAAACAUCUUGACUAA